AUGAAGGCAGCAAGUUUCCCUAAGGACUUCAGCUUGAACCGGCUGACAUCGUUCUCGUUCUUUGAGAGUGAUCAGAAGGUGUUGAGGGAGACCAUUCCAUCCGGCAUGGAUGCUUCACAACAUCUCUCCAAUCCUCACUCUGUCAAGACCGAUUUGCUCCCCUGGAUGAUUUCCUUAGCCAUUCUUGUCACUGCCAGCUUCACAUCAGGGUCGAACCUCCCUGCGAUUGUCCUCGGGAUAGCAGAGAUGAUGUUCUUUGGCUACAACUGCUUGCAAGCGAGUGUGCUCGAGACCCCGAUGGAGCCGGAGCCCGUCGCACGAGACCUUGACGAGCUGUGGGACAUGAUCCUGUCCUCCUCCCACUGCACGCGGCAGUUCCUCUCGGGAUGGUUCUAUGACUCCAAGUUCGAGUCCAUCACCGUGGAGGACGUUCACAGCUUCCUGACGUGGGCCACGUUCAGCACGACCUACGAGGUGCUGGACGAAGACAAGAAGUGCAGCAUCCACCGAAUCUUCGUCAAGAUCCAGGAGCAGCUCAACUACGAGUUUCCCACCCGUCUGCCGAGCCAGCAGCCUCUCCCUUGCAUGAGGUUUACCAUCGAGCCGUUGCUGUACAAGCACAAGCCCAUCGUCUUCUACCUCGUGUGCCAGUGGCUGCUAGGAGCAGCGGCUGGCUUCCAGCUGAGGAAGGAGGGCUUCGCCAAGCACGUGGAUGGGGAAAUCAGUUACUGGAUCCGCCUGCCGGAGUGCGAGGAGAGCAGGAAGAAGAAGCCGAUCGUGUUCGUGCAUGGCGUUGGGGUUGGUCUCAUCACCUACCUGUCCUUCCUCAAGGAGCUCAUGGUGAACGACUGCCCCAUGAUUCUCAUCGAGCUCCCCCACAUUUCCUGCACCAUCAGCCCUGUUGUCCCUUCCAUCGACGACCAUCUCUACGGCAUCGAGAGGAUCUUUCAGCGCUGGGAACUGCAGGACGCGUUCUGGGUGGGCCACUCGUACGGGUCUGUCGUGCUCUCCUGGAUGGUGCAGCACCUGCCCGAGCGGGUUGCGGGGAUCGGGCUCAUCGACCCAGUGGUGAUGAUGUUGAACCUAAAGGACGUGCUGUACAACUUCCUCUACAAGAAGACGCAGGACAACGACAGGAGGAAGCUGGGAAACAAGCUGGGAGAUCUCAUCGGGUCGGAGCUCUACCUCAACAACGCCCUCCGCCGCAACUUCUGGUGGUACCGCAACAUCCUGUGGGCGCAGGACCUCCAGAAGCAGAACAUCCCCUCCCUCGUGUGCCUCUCCGAGCACGACGAGAUCGUUCCCUCCCAUGCCGUUCACAGGCACAUCGAGCAGCACGCCUCUCGCCUCGGGCAGCACAACUGCGUCAGGAGCUACACCAUGAGAAACGCCAACCACGGGCAGAUGCUCUUCGACCGGGACAUCAGCCGCGACCUCGCUAGCCGCCUCUCAAGCGUGUGGAGAGAGUUGUGA